AUGUCCCUUCGACUUUCCAGCAGCUCCAGGAGGGCCUGUGCCCGCCCCACCACAGGAUCCCUCCGGCUCUCCAGUGGGGGAGCCGCCUUCGGGGCUGGAAAUGCUUGUGGGGUGCCUGGAAUCGGCAGCGGCUUCUCCUGUGCCUUUGGGGGCAACUCUCUGGGAGGAAAUGCAGGAGCAAGCAAUUCCUGCGCUGGCUUCACUGUGAACGAGCACGGCCUCCUUUCGGGCAAUGAGAAGGUGACCAUGCAGAACCUCAACGACCGCCUGGCCUCCUACCUGGACAACGUGCGUGCUCUGGAGGAGGCCAAUGCGGACCUAGAGCAGAAGAUCAAGGGCUGGUAUGAGAAGUUUGGGCCUGGAUCUUGCCGGGGGCUGGAUCAUGACUACAGUAGAUACCUCCCUAUAAUCGAUGAUCUCAAAAGUCAGAUCAUUGCUUCCACCACCAGCAACGCUAAUGCCGUUCUCCAGAUCGAUAACGCCAGGCUGACCGCUGAUGACUUCAGACUCAAGUACGAAAAUGAGCUGGCACUUCACCAGAGUGUAGAGUCCGAUGUCAACGGACUGCGCAGAGUUCUGGAUGAAAUCACCCUGUGCAGGACAGACCUGGAGAUUCAGUAUGAAACCCUGAGUGAGGAGAUGACCUACCUCAAAAAGAACCAUAAAGAGGAAAUGCAAGUUCUGCAGUGCGCCGCGGGGGGCAAUGUGAACGUGGAGAUGAACGCGGCGCCCGGGGUGGACCUCACGGUCCUGCUGAACAACAUGCGAGCCGAGUAUGAAGCCCUCGCAGAGCAGAACCGCCGGGACGCAGAGGCCUGGUUCAAUGAGAAGAGUGCCUCGCUGCAACAGCAGAUCUCUGAGGAUGUGGGAGCCACGACCUCUGCCCGGAAUGAGCUGACUGAGAUGAAGCGCAAUCUCCAAACGCUGGAAAUUGAACUUCAGUCUCUCCUAGCCACGAAACACUCCCUGGAGUGCUCCUUGACCGAGACGGAAGGCAACUACUGUGCGCAGCUAGCCCAGAUCCAGGCUCAGAUCGGGGCCCUGGAGGAGCAGCUGCACCAGGUCAGAACCGAGACCGAGGGCCAGAAGCUGGAGUAUGAGCAGCUGCUGGACAUCAAGGUCCACCUGGAGAAGGAAAUCGAGACCUACUGCCUCCUCAUCGGUGGAGAUGAUGGGGCUUGCAAGUCUGGAGGCCACAAGUCCAAAGAUUAUGGACCUGGAAAUACAGGAAGUCAAGCCAAAGAUCCAGCCAAACCCAUAGUGGUUAAGAAAGUUCUCGAGGAGGUAGACCAACGCAGCAAAAUACUGAGCACCAGGCUGCACUCCCUGGAAGAAAAGUCCCAAAGCAAUUAGUCUGAGACACAAGAGCUAGUGGAUGCUGAACACUUUCCAAGAAGAGCAGGCAUGGCGUCAUCGAUCUGUCCUGAGAAAAUGAGCAAGUCUAACACAGAAUCCGUCUCUUCAUCUUUCUGUUACUGAAAUAUAAUCUCUAGCUAUCAAUAGUGGUAUCUCCCCAUUCACCUGGAAGAAUGUCACAUACAAAUGUGACGGCUUAUUUGACUACCUUGUAGAAAAUAAUUCUUUGAUUACCUUAUAGAAAAUAAUUACCUUAUAGAAAGUCAAUUCUUUGUGCUCAAUAAACUUUCUUUCUUCAGCAAGUUAUCACUGAUGGUGUCGUCUUACACUUAAAAUGUUUGUGUCUGUGGUACAGGUAACUGAACACCCAACAGCUUUUAAUUUAUAUGAAAGCUUUAAAAUUUUUAAGAGAUUUCCAUCUAAAUUUUCAAGAGGUUUUCCCAAAAAUUCAAAAUGAGACAAAUACAGAAUGAAUAAAAAUACUUUCACUUGAAUCCCUGACUUGCCAUACUCUGACUUAAUAACAAGUCUAUUCUCCCUUCAUAGUAGAUAAAUGUAUACAUUUCAGGUUCAUGUGUAAAAUGGGGAUUGUAAGAAUACUUCUCUCAAAUGGUUAUUAUAAAGAUUAAGCAAAUGACUGUGAAGUAUACUUAUUGACUAA